UGCUUGAAAAGAAAGAAUACAAAACUAACUGCAUUGCAACUUAGCUGGCGUUGUUCGACGCAGUUCAGCGUGUACAACUCUUAUAAAAAGAAAAAUGCUUCAUCACUGAGUAUGCUUCAUCACUGGAUGAUGAUUUCAGUAUAUUUAUUUUGCUUCACAUUAAUACGUUUCGUACAUAUAUAUUAGUUAUUAUUACAAUUUCUAAAAAUUGCUCCCUUACAAGUUACUAUAUACAAAAUGGAAAUUACAUAUGUUCAAAGCAUGGAUCAUGCAAAAUACUCAAUGUCACAAGAAAUAGUAUAUGUAUACAUGAUUACCUAUGCUGGGAGUUAUUAAUCCUCCGACGCUUAUUCCAAAGUGAAAGGAUUGUAUGAAUGGUCUUGAACGUUCUUCGCCCCAAAUGCGUAAAUAGAGCGACUGCAUGGCUAUGACAACAUAACGUAUUCUUAAAGUCAUUAAAAUAGUAGAUUUAGUCAAAUACUUUGCAAUACCAACUAAUUGACAUAAUACUCGUAAUUAAAAAAGGAAUUUGUAACCCGCUUUAUAAGUUUUCAACCGCCCUUUCAAAUGUUAAGAGCAGCGAGUGCAAAUAGCGGAAAACUUCUUAUCUAUGUAUCCAGCUUGAUUAUUUAAACAUAUAUAUAGUAUUUAAACAUAUAUAUACAUAAAUAAAGUGAUGAAAAAUUUAAUGUUGAAAUAAUUAUCUAACAAACAUAAAAUAGCCUAUUUUACCACCAUCCGCAAAAGCAAACAUAAAUCCAGCAACGAAUCCCGAAACCAACAAUCCGGCCAGUGAAUUUAACCACGGUAUUAUAAGAAUCAUCAAACCGAGCAGUGCAGUUGUGGGACCUUGAUGAAUAUUAAAAAAUAUUCGUUUGUGCAGUAAAAACGCGACUAAUCAUUUAACUCACCAAACAAGAACAUGGUAAAACUUUAUGAGACUUAUAAUUAAGAUACAACUCUAAAACUUCAAUGUGAGUGCAUGUAGGCUAUAUGCAUUCCAAAUCGCAAGAAGAAAAGUAACAAUGUAUUAUUUUGAUCUCAAUAUUUAAGAUAAUUUUUUUAAAAAUGCACGAUCUCACCGAAUGCAUGUAAUGGAUUGAACUUUCCUGAAAAACGAUUCAUAAUGACACCGUACGAUACUGCUCCGACAACUGCUCCAGAAGAUCUCAAGGUAGGCAAGUUGGACUGUCCAGAGAACUACACUUUGAGGAAUAACACUGCAAUUUGUUAUCUAUUCGUCAGAAAUAGGGAAGCAGCGUAUUGGGAGGCGACUGAAUUUUGUAAUAAUCAUAGUGGAAUCUUGGCUACUGUGAAAAAUGAGGAAACACAAAAAUAUGUAACUUCAACUGCAUCGAAAGGAAACGAGUCGAACAUAUUUUUUUGGAUUGGACUUAGUGACCGAUUUUUUAAAAACAAAUUCCGAUGGCUGAACUGUGAAGAUGGCUGGUUGGAGAGUGGUGACUAUCAACCGUGGAUGGGGAGGGAUAUCAAUAAAUAUUCAAACAAUGUAGAACAGAGAUGUGUGGCUUUAAAUAUAAAUUCUACAGCUUACGGAGAAAUAUAUGAAGAAAAUUGGGUGCCGCUGGACUGCUGGACUCCACAAUAUUUCAUUUGUGAAGCAACCGCGUCCAUGAAUUACAACCCGAUUAACGAAGAAACACCUGGAUUCAACGAAACCAUCGGAGGUGGGAUAAUUCCGGAGGGAGGAAAUACAAAGCCAAGUCGUAUCAGCGCUGCAUCAAGUCCAUUAUUAGCAAUUUUGAUGGUCAUUGUGGCUCUUGCUAUCAUUUCUAUCAUCCUUGGACUUUGGUACAGAAAACACAACAGAAAUUACCAACAAAGAAUGCUGAUUCAAGCCAGUGGAAUGCCCUCCAUUGCGGUUGAACCCCCAUCCAGUCAAAUAUAUUAUCACCAUCGAUCGAUGUCAUCCCAGGCACGACAUUUUAGUAAUAAUAGCAAUGUCGCACUUCCGCAGCAUGGAAUAAUUUAUACUGGCAUGAACAUUGAUGUCAUUGAAGAAGACGAUGACGGUCUUUCUUCGAUGGAAUCAGGAACAACGUUUUCAUCUUUAUGCUACGAAGAUAUUCGUACAGUAGAUAAGUUUUCGCAAAACUCUUUGACACCAGUUGGGUGAUUGCGUAAACAUAGGAUUGCAUUAUUAAACAAGAUUUGGAAGUAAAUGUCGAACAAGUAUACAAGUGACCCAUAGAAAUACGAUACUCGCACAGCCGACUGAAAUCGAAACUGAUAAAAUGUGCUACCUAUAAAUAAUUUGCUAGGAAAGGGGAAUAUAUACUAUAAACACAUGUUACUAUUUGAAUGAGAAACCAUCGCGAGCUCAGCAAAAAAUAGAUACAGAAGUUUUUGUUAAAAUACGCUUAACAGUCAUUAAACCAAAAAUUUUUAUUAUGUGCAAAACCAACAUAAAUUGCUGUUUUAACGCAAUUCACAUAUCUUGAAAAGCAUUCGUUUACUCACGUAAAACGUUUUACACAAAACAAUGCAUAAAUUAGAUAGGCCUAUAUAUAGGCUACUAUAGCCUACUUCUAUAGAGAUUGUCGAUAUUGUUUUAUAAUGUUUUUCAUCGUUUGUGGAAAUAAAAUAUUUCUCUUUCUUUCUCUCAAAUAAAAUUUAUUUUUCUCUCAUCAAGUCAAUUUGAUUUAUGUGCAUCUUUUUUCUCCGGCCGUUGGGCUGAAGGUUUGUUGUGUUUUGUUAUGUCCUC